CGGUUUGAGCUCAUCUAUCGCUCUGCUGUGGGAGUUUGGAAGUGAGAUUGUGUAUUAUGGAAGCUUUAGUUUCACCAACAAAAGAUUUAUUUCAUAGUUGUGAUUGUUUUGCUUUGGCCACUCCACCACCCAAGAGGAAACGUAUGGCUGUAUCAAAGUCGAACAGACUUCCUGUGCUUGUUGUCUUGGGAGGACCUCACAGGGCUAGCCAAGAAAGCAUGCAAAAAAGCAGACAUUGUCCUUUAGUUCCAGUCUGCAGAGCCAGUGAGCUGAGAGGGAACAACAUCAGACGUCAAAGAACAGGAGAUCUAGACAUGGGAUUCUGGAUGGGACUAUACAUUGUGAGCUUUCUGAACAUGGUUUGCGGCUUGCCUGAGGCAUCUUACACCAUUCACUUGGACAAAUUAUCAUUCGAAGAUGCUCAAAUUUACUGCAAACCUGGUAGUUUCCUGACCAACAUACCAAAUAUAAGUGAAACUACCAAGAUACUGAGAGAAAUCUGGGACAAAAAUGACAAAACUGUCACUUCGUUCUGGAUUGGAUUGAAGAAGAAUAAAGGUGAGUGUGUUAAUCAAAAUUUGCCUCUUAAAGGAUUCUACUGGACGGUGGACAAUAGCACUCAAUCUACAGAUAUUUGGUGGAAACACAACCCCUCAGGUACUUGCACAGAUGUACGCUGCGGACUGCUUUCAGUGGAAUAUGAUGGCUUCGGUGCAAAAAACACUGGUGUUACGGAUGCUGCCUGUAAACAGAAAAAUUCUUUCAUUUGCAAACGAAAUGUUAUGGUGGUGUGCCCCCAGCCAUCUAUCUUAGGCACACAUGAUAUCACCGAGAUCCCAAAUGAACCAUACACACGACAGAUUAUUUGUCGUUCUGGUGACAAAUUCAGCUUGAAAUGCUCAAAUGAUUUAGUUUGGAAUGUGGUUGGCAAAAAAAACAUGGAUGUUUCACAACUUUGCUUGCAGUGCAAGAAAGGCUUCAAGAGGGAUCCAUCUGGAAAUUGUGUGGAUAUCAACGAAUGCGAACUCACUAAUCCAUGCAAGCACAGAUGUUUGAAUACAGAAGGUUCCUACAAGUGUGCAAUGACGACGCCCACCACAUAUCUCACAGAUUCAAACACUGACAGAGGCAAAUAUGUGAAUCAGCCAACAACUGAGCCUAAUGAUGCAAUUACAAUCGAGACAGACGUGCACAUUGAACAAAGCACUGGAGACAUUUCACAUAUCAUAGUACCUGUGAUUAUAGCACUGCUGAUUUUUGUGGUGCUGUUGGUGAUCAUAGCUGCCAUCGUAAAAGGCUGUAUGAGGAGGCGCUCGAGAAAAAUGUAUCAGAGGAAGGUGGAGGCCGUAGCCCUGAAUGGAUCGAGCUCCAUGGAGAAGGGGAAUGAAAAAGAGGAAACCUAAGUAAGAAAGACUGUGCAAAUGGAAACGAUUAUUCAGUUCGACACAUGCAGACCACAAAUGGUGCCUAAUUGGAGAAUCUCCUCUCUAUGAACAUUUCGGCGUGAAGUCUUGACUCACAAGAGCGCUGUGUAAUUACUUUUGCCUUUGACUGUUUUUCCCGUACAGUUGAAAUCAGGGUCUUUAUUCCAGUGUGGAUCUGAAAUUCCAUUGAAGUCAUCAUUGGUAAUUAAAGUUUAGAGGAUUUUUUGCAUAUGGAUUGUACAUUGUUUUUGUUUACUUAUUCAUAGUCAAUAUUUAAAUGUAUGUGGAGUUGUACAUGAACUGUAGAAGAUUUUUUGGUAAUACUUACAUUGAAUCUUUGGCUUGGUGUUUUUUUUUUGGCGAUUUCUUAUUAUAUAUUUCUGUUAUGUUUCACAACAUGAAUAUAUCACAUGUGUCUUUAUAACUGGAGUUUUAUAUAAAUAAAAACUGAUGUUAAAGCUGCUGUAAUUUCAAUACAAUGAAAAUAUGUAACUACUACUACUAUACAUAUCACUGCAACAGGUGUCCUGAAAGAACAUCCCUAGAGCUUUGUAAACAACAACAUAAUCUGACUGCAGAAGACGUGUUAGCCUGUCAGAAAACUUCACCAAUAGCGCGUGUCUUAGGCUGGACUACCAUUUCAACAAACAAUAGAAUACAGUGAAAUGUUUGGAAACCUGUUUGGAGAUUAUUAUUUUGCAAUAAUAUCCAUUUUGUACCACUAGUGGCAAAGAAAUCAGCGGAUUUAACAGAAAACUAUGAUGCGUAUCACCUUUUUUGCCUCAAAAAUAUGAUCAUGUCAGCCUAUUUAAGUUUGUUUUUGUGAAUAUUUCAAAAUAAAUAAAUACGUAAAUUAAAAGUAUAACAAAUAAACUAAUAAUUUAAGGGGCCUGGACAUCUCAGCAAGUAAAGACGCUGACUACCAAACCUGGAAUCACAAGUUGGAAUCAAGGGCGUGCUGAGUGACUCCAGUCAGGCUUCCUAAGCAACCAAUUGGCCCGGUUGCUUGGGUGGGUAGAGUCACGUUGGGUUAACCUUCUCAUGGUCGCUCUCACGCUCUCGCGCUUUGACGUCUGAUGUUACAUGGUUAUGCUGUGUUCCAUUCAAGUUGGAUGAGGGAUAUUCCUACUUGAUAUCUCCGACCAUAAAGGCAUUCCAUUCCCCGAUAUUCGGAAGAUGACGUUUAAGGAAACAAAACUUAAACGCUCCCGUUAGCUUAGGAGGGGUUUGACUCUCAUUAGAGAUGUCUCCUAGCAACCCAACUGAUAAACAAUGCUGCAGCGCUAGCAUUUGUGCUUCAGGUGUACGAUUAUCAAAAGAGAUUAUAAUGUUUUGUACACCUGUUUCUGCAGGCAUUUGUUAAACAAGCUUUAAUAUCUUGUCAUGUGGAAACGAACUCAUUUAUCGAUAUUACGUAAUAAAGUGAACGUUUAUAACUUUGUUUAUUUGAGUGUCGGCAUGUUUGUGUGACAUCAUGCACCUGCAUCUCGGCAAAAUCAGAGUUGAGAAUUUCUGCACGAGCCUACAAGUUGUAAUUCUGACAGAUGCAUGCCAUUGCACUCAGGGCCGGUUCUAGACAUUUGGAGGCCCUAGGCAAAAUGUAUGUUGGAGGCCCCCCGCCAUGCCCUCCUCCCCUCCACCUUUCAGAAUUCACGAGUUCACACUUACAUCAAAUUAAAUAGAGUAAAGAUUAUGCGUAUUUGGCAUGCUGUCCAGGGGAGGGCUCCAGGCUCUGAAUUUUGGCCAGAUUUACACAGUAUUACAUUGGAUUGCAUUGUAUUUUGGAUUGUGUUGUUUACAUCCAAUAAGAGAUUAUUAAAAAUCAAAGUGAGGAGAUGGGGGCGGUGGAGGGAUGCUGAUAAACUGUCAAUGAACAGAGGUAAAUCUGCAGUAUAUAUACCUCUUAUCUCUGUGAUUAUCUGAAUGUGCUCCUCCCGAACUUUGUUAAUAAAACAUAAUUUAAUAAA